CUCAUUUCCCGUCCAAGAAAAUUCUGAGAAGUAACUUCACUUCAGUGAGUGAGUUAAUAUUCCUGGGACUAGCCAGUCACCUGGAAUUAGAGAUUCUCUCCUUUCUGCUCUUUCUGGCCACCUACAUGGUCACAGUGACAGAGAAUCUGGGUGUGAUUAUACUCAUCCCUGUCAAUGCCCGGCUCCACACACACAUGUACUUUUUCCUGAGCCACUUAUCCUUUGUGGAUCUGUGCUUCUCCACCAAUGUGACUCCAAAGAUGCUGGAGAUUUUCCUCUCAGAGAAGAAAACCAUUUCCUAUUCUGCUUGUCUGGUGCAGUGUUACUUUUUUAUUGCCUUGGUCCAUGUGGAGAUCUAUGUCUUGGCUGUGAUGGCCUUUGACCGGUACAUGGCCAUCUGCAACCCUCUACUUUAUGGCAGCAAAAUGUCUAAGAGUGUCUGUACAUCCCUCAUCACGGUGCCUUAUGUGUAUGGAGCUCUCACUGGCCUGAUGGAGACCAUGUGGACCUACAACCUGGCCUUCUGUGGCCCCAAUGAGAUUAACCACUUCUACUGUGCUGACCCUCCACUGAUUAAGCUGGCUUGUUCUGACACUUACAACAAAGAGACAUCAAUGCUUGUUGUGGCUGGGUGUAACCUUUCCUUUUCACUCCUCAUUAUCCUUGUUUCCUAUCUUUAUAUUUUUCCUGCCAUCCUGAGGAUCCGCUCUACAGAGGGCAGACACAAAGCUUUGUCUACCUCUGGCUCCCAUCUGACAGCUGUCACCAUAUUCUAUGCAACUCUUUUUCUCAUGUAUCUCAGACCCCCCUCAGAGGAAUCUGUGGAACAGGGGAAAAUGGUGGCUAUAUUUUAUACCACGGUUAUCCCCAUGUUGAACCCCAUGAUUUAUAGCCUUAGAAAUAAAGAUGUGAAAGAGGCAUUCACCAAACAGCUGUUGAGAAAAAAACUACUUUCUUAACACAUUUCAUUAUUUUUUGUCCCCAAGGGUUUUUCUAGACCCAUUUGUCAAGGUUUAGGACACAACCUGUGGUGAAAUGGGAAACCAGGCAUACCAAGGUAAAAUUCUGCAUUUUUUACUUAUAUUUUAAAACAUAAACAUAUAAAAUAAAAUGUUGAUUACAAAGGUUUACAUGCUUGUUAGAGUCAUUCAUUUUGUUUGUUAGUUUUUUUCAGUUUUUUGACUUUUAGGCAUCUAGUGAAAUGACAUUUCUAGUAUCUUUGGUAGUGUGUAGGGGCAUGUGGCUAUUUAUGGACAAUGAGUUGGGUUAGAGGUCAUAUGUGUCACUUGUAAUUUGAGCAUUUAAUUGUGAGAAACCCCUCUUGUUACCUUUUUUUUUCUUUCUUUCGUGGCUAUCACCGAGACUUAAGAUGGUAUCUGCUAACUGAGUUUGGGAUCUUGAGGGAGGAGACAUAGAACAGAGCCCUCGGUCAACUCACAAUGAAAAUGUAGAAUGGAUGAGAAAUACUCUUUGUUUUUAUAAACUGCAAUGUUUUCUUGACUUUUCUUGUUUCCACAUCAUCAAGUAGCCUGUUUUGACUUAUACAAAUAUUAAUUACACAAAAUCCAAACGUGCAGAAACACAGACAUAGAAAGUGAAUACCCCAAACCUUCAAAGAAAUUUUGGUGUUUUGUUUGUGGUCUUCUACUCUUUUUAUCUGUUUUUAAAUAUAUGUUUAUGUUUAAUUAAAAAAAAUUAUGAAUAUGAUUUAAAAUCAUUAAUAUAAACCAUUUACAUAGUUUGAAAUAUUAAAUGCUAUACAAGGCCCACAAACAAAUAAAUCAUAGGAUCUCAUUUCUCUUCUCCCCACUCCCAAAUUCCUGUGGGUAGCACCUUCUGGUUAUUAUUUUUUUUCUGAUACUUACCUGUAUAUUUUUAAUUAUAUGCUGUAUUUCUGUUUAUUGGUUUUUAAACUGUGGAUAUCAUCAAUUGGUGUUAUUAAAAAGAAGGUAUUGACAUUCUUUUACCAAUUCUUGCAUUCCCACUCCACCUUCACUACUUCUUUCUGCUUAUGUUUACAACAGAGUCACAUUUGAAGUUUUUGUUAAAUCGAUAGUUAAUAUUAAAGUUACUGUGAGUAUAUAAGUCGGAAUCGACUCGACAGCAAUGGGUUUAUGUGUAUAUAAUUAGCAAUCAGGUGAGUUAAGUAAUGCUCUAUGAAUGGAAUUAUUUGAUUUUCACAGAGCUAAUAAAACUAUGGAUUCCUGUAUAGGGCAAAGAGUUAAGUACUUGACUACUAGCCAAAAGAUUGUCACAUUAAAUCUGCCUAGAGGCACCUUGGAAAACAGGCCUGGUAUUCAGCUUCCAGAAGGUCAUAGCCUUGAAAACCCCAUGCAGCCCACUUCUAUUCUGAUACACAUGGCUUCGCUAUACAUUGGAAUCAAGUUCAUGACAACUAACAACAAUACAGCAGUAGAGUUACAUUUUGGAGGGAAGAAGAAUCAGAUACCAAGACACUGGAUCAAACAAUGAAAUCAUUUUAGGUACUGGUAAGUGUUAUGAGGAAGUAAAGUAAGACAAUGUGGAAGAAAAUGUCAGGGUCAGAAGUGUGGGUCAUGCUAAUGUGUUAUUCUGCAUGGAAAGGGAAAGUCUUUUGGAGGAGGUGACAUUGGAUUGAAGCCUAAAUGAUGAGAAGACAAACAUAAGCAGAUCUUUGGGAAGCAUAUCCAGCAGAAAUGAUAACAAGUACAGUGCUUCAGGAAUGAACCUGACUUGUUGGGUUAGCAGAAAAAAUGACAAUGUGCCUGGGGCUUAAUAAAAGGGGGAAAUAACAGGAGGAGUUGCAGUCAGAAAGGUGGUCCCUUUGUUUCUUGCAUGACGCUGCAGAUUUCCAGAGUUGACAUGGCAAAUGGACUGCAACUUUGUGCUUAUGUGUCUGUUUUCAGUUGCUGCCACUUGAUAUGUGGCUGACAUUCCAUCAAGUUAGACAAAAUGAGAGAAUCAGUAAUUUGCUUAACCAAGACUUAUUAUUAUUAUGAUUCCUUUUGCAGCAGAGGGAAUUUUAUGUAACAUUUAAUGGCCUUUCUACUGCCAGCUCCAGGUUACCUCCACAGUCCCCCUUACCAAUCGUUUCUGAUUCAGCUGAGGCAUUGCCCCCUUCAGCAAGAUUUCUCUAAUACAUUUUGGCUGUGUAGUUACCACAUCCAGAUUCACCAUGGGUUUAAAAUUCUAUCAUUGGAUUUAUAACGUAGUAUUGUAAUUAAAUGUGUGUACAUCAGUUUCUUCAAUUUUUCUAGGAGGAGACUGUGCCUUUUUAAUCUUUUUAUCUUUACUACCUUAAAUUAGUGCCUGAUACAGAGAUGAUGCUUAAUGUACUUUCCUUGAAUGAGUAUGAAGUUGUCUAUUUCUUCCUCUUUAUGUAUCUGCAUUAUCUAUGACCAAAUAUAUAUAUAUAUUUUUUUCAUUGUGGUAAUACUGUAUCCCAUUCUAACAUGUAAUCAAGGCAGAACAGUAGAUGUUCACUUUGGAUUAGUAAAAUCAGCUCUUUAUCCCAUUCUGUAUGUCAGAUGAAUGGCCUGCUGCAAUCACAUUGAGGGGAAUCUUUUCUUAGCGGGCUUUUAAGAAUAUAAUUUUACUGGCACAAGACAGGGUUGAUUACACACUGUUGUUGUGUGCCAUCCAGCCGAAUGUGACUCACAGUGGUGCUAUAGUGACCCUGUGUCCUUUAUCAUUGGAUGGACACAGAUAAUAGUGAACACUGAACCAUAAUGAAAGAAUUUCAGGGAAAUAAUUCUGAGCAAU